GCUGAUAAGCCUGUGGCGUACCUUGUUUAUGAUGCGCUUUCUUCCUUUCUGCUCACUUAUUGGGUUGCACAUUCUUACACUGCCCACCACUGUUCUCGGUCCAUUUCAAAAUUUUAGAAAAACGAGUUACGAAUCACGAAUCACGAAUCACGAACCAGCCAAAGUUUGUAUCAAGCGAGAGUAGUACUACUUGCAUUUGCAGACUCUAUAUAUCAGGCGUCAAUAGCCUCAAAGGAGCAUGUAUCAAACAACAUUUGUGAAAUUCCAUCUUCGCAUGGAAUCCUCCAAUGUGAUUACCCUCGCAAAUAGAAAAACAGAAAAUUCUGCAAAGAGAAGAAAAGAAAAACUUGAGAAAAGAAAAGCAAAGAAAAGAAAUAUGACAGGCAGUUUUAUUCCGAAUUGGAGAAAGGACAUAGAGAAAGGAGAAAGAGGGGGGAGAUCAAAGGCAAAUUCCAAAUGCUUGGACCUCCUCGGCACACCGUUUGUGGACCUCUCUUUUUUUUUCUUUGCAAACGUUCAGAUAAAGAUGUUGGACCCGUGUGCGGCGUUUUGGGUAAUAAUAAAUAAGGUCUUUUCCCACACCGGCAUAUUUUUGAGAUCCCCCACACCUUUCCUUUUAGUUUUCCGGUGGUAUCAUACAAAAUUUGCAAGAAAUAAAUCGAGUGAUGAAGAGAGAAAGAAUCGACUAGUAUUAAAAAUGAAACGCUGCACAUAGCAUCGUGUCUCUGGUUGUGUGUU